GUGCUGGGAAGAUUUGGUGUUUCUUCUCUUUGGAUGCUGAUCUGACCUUGCAAGAUGGACGUACGAGUUGCAAGCAUCCUCCUCCUCAUUGUGGCCUCUGCAGCAGCCCAUGGAAAGGGAUAUGUGGUGAAGAAGGUGUUCCCUGUGAAGAGCCAGAUGGUGGCAGGUGAACCAGGUAUUCCAGGAGAGCCUGGAGCUGAGGGGCCUCCUGGCCCACCAGGUCCCCCAGGAGAGAAUGGCUUUGGUGAGCCUGGGCCCCAAGGACCUCCUGGGCCUCCUGGACCUCCUGGCCGAUCAAUUGCUGGUAAGCCAGGAUCUCCAGGUGGACCUGGAAAGCCUGGCUUUCCUGGAGCAAAUGGUGAAAGAGGGGAGACUGGAGCCACUGGUCCACAGGGGCCAAGAGGACAACCAGGAUCUCCAGGAAUCCCAGGACCUGCAGGGUUGUCUGCCACCGGAAAGCCUGGACCUGCUGGUCUUCCUGGAUCAGUUGGACCAAGAGGAGAACCUGGUCUCAAAGGACAUCCAGGUGUGCCUGGAUUGCCAGGUCCUAAGGGUGAUAGAGGGGUAGGAGCUCCAGGACCUCAGGGUGAGACUGGAGCUCAGGGACCUAUGGGCCCACCAGGAGCACCAGGUGCAGCUGGAAUUGGAAGGCCAGGAAAACCAGGAGCACCAGGUGAAUCAGGAAAGCCAGGAAGUCCAGGUCUUGAUGGUGCCCCUGGCCCCAUGGGACCUCAGGGACCUAAGGGACACACUGGUGCCCCUGGGGUAGGUCUUCCAGGUAAACCAGGUGAGAAUGGUGCUCCAGGUCUGCCUGGUUCUGCUGGACCAAAAGGUCAUCAGGGACCUGCUGGAGCCCCUGGUUCCCCAGGUGUGCCAGGAUAUGGAAAACCAGGAGUAAAUGGAGAGAAGGGAGAGAGGGGAGCUUCCGGUAGUCCAGGUGCUACAGGUGCUAAGGGUGAGCAGGGUCCAACAGGAUAUACUGGUGCUACUGGUGCAACUGGUCCUACUGGUCCUACAGGGCCUCAAGGUGAAAGAGGUUUCCCAGGCCAGCCUGGUGCUGUUGGGCCUAAAGGUGACACAGGUGCUACUGGACCUCAGGGGCUUAAGGGGCAUAAGGGUGAUCAAGGAGCUCAGGGUUUUCCUGGCAAGCAAGGCUAUCCAGGUGCAGCUGGUCCUCCUGGAUCCAGAGGGGCUACUGGACCACAAGGUGACAAAGGUCACACAGGUGCCCCAGGUACCCCAGGUGCUCCAGGUAUUCCAGGUCCCGCUGGACCAAAAGGUCACCCUGGCCGUCAAGGUGAGCCUGGUUCCCCUGGAUCUGAUGGUGCUCCUGGUCCCAGAGGGCCUUCUGGCCCACAGGGUCCUUCAGGUCCUGCUGGCCUCAAGGGACACCCAGGUCUCCCUGGUGCUCCUGGUCCUGCUGGUUUGGCUGCUAAGGGUCUUCCUGGACCUCAGGGUCCCCCUGGUGUGCCCGGUGAGCCUGGGACAGACGGAGAACCUGGCCCUGCUGGUCCCCCUGGACCCCCUGGACCUCCUGGUGAGGUUGCAUUUGAGAAAGGCUUUGGAAUGAGCGAAGUUAUGGUCAAGUCCCCCAUGUCUGCUUUCACAGCAGCUCUAGCCAAUCCCUACCCCCCUGCUGGCAGCCCCAUUAAGUUCGACCAGAUUGUGUACAAUGCUGAGAAUCACUAUGACCCUGAGACCGGCAUCUUCACUUGCCAAGUUCCAGGUGUUUAUUAUUUCUCUUACGGUAUCCAUGUAAAUGGAAAUCAUGCCCUGGUGGCUUUGUACAAGAAUGGUCAGCCCAUUGUGUUCACCUAUAGUGAGUACAACAAAGGCUUCCUGGACCAGAUGUCUGGCAGUGCUGUCCUCUUGCUUGAUGUGCAGGACACAGUCUACAUCCAGAUCCCUGAUGAUGAGGCCAAUGGUGUCUUUGCUGCUGAGAAUGUCCACUGCACUUUCUCUGGGUUCCUGAUUGCUUCAACGUGAUAGGUUGAUCACGCAUCAGGUUCCAAAAGCCAAACCAACUAAUUUUGCAAUCUAUUCCUCAAAGUAAACUCUCUGACCCUCCCUAUUCUCCAAUAGACAGGCAGUUCUUUAAGGAAUAGUAGCAUCUCAACUUGAAAACUACAAGAAAAAGGUGCUCAACAGAAGGAAAACUAAUUUAUGAAAGCAAAUGAUCAGGGAUGG